AUGGCGUUAGUUUCUGCUGCGCCAUACUUGGCCUUGCUCUCAGAGCAGGACCCAUCCUUAAAGCUGUAUGCCUUAUCGUCAUUGAACGAGGUGGUGGACCAGCUUUGGGCUGAAAUCGCCAACAAUCUUCAAGAGUUAGAGGAUCUCUACGAGGAUCCACUGUUCGAAAAGCGUUCUUUGGCUGCACUUGUGAUCUCCAAGGUUUACUACAACUUGGGUGAUUACGAUGCUUCUGUGAAGUAUGGUCUUCGAGCCGAGAACGACUUUGAUUUUGAGGAAAAGUCACAGUACAUCGAGACCAUUGUAUCUCAAUGCAUCAACAUAUACUCCAAAUUAUCGCAAAAGAAGUACUUGGGUGAAGAGGCAAAGAUCAGUCCUCAGCUCACCUUGAUCUUCGAGAAAAUGGUGGCUAAAUGUGUCGCAGCAAACGACUUAAAGCUUGCCUUGGGUAUUGCUUUGGAGAGCUUCCGUCUUGACAUCAUCAAAGACAUCAUCACGAGGGAGACUAUCCGUGAUGGUGAGUACGGCUUGGCUUUGAUCAAUUACGUUUUGGUUUGCGCUAACUCCGUUGUGUCGAACGGUGUGUUCAGAGUCGACUUGUUGAACACUUUGAUUGACUUGUUAUUGUCAUUGAAGGGCCACCAGGACUUCUUCACUGUUUUCAAAAUCAUUAUUCAGUUGGGUGACUCUAACUUGGCUGUUCAAGUCUUCAAGCAGCUUAUCGCUAAGGACGAGAAAUUGAUUGCAUACCAGGGAGCCUUCGACUUGGUCAGCUCUGCUUCCCAGGAAUUAGUCGAGUCUGUGGUUAACAAAUUGACUGCUGACGAGUCUUUUGACAACACCUUGCCAGUUCAGGCAAGAUUGCUUCACGUUCUUUCUGGUGUCCCCACAUGUGAUUUGGACAUCACCUUCUUGUUCAAGAACAAGAAUAUCGAUCUCACAAUUUUGAACAAGACAAAAAAUCUUUUAGAAGGCAGAAACUCCAUUUUCCACUCUGCUGUUACUUUCGCAAAUGCUUACUUCCACAUGGGUACAACCGACGACUCUUUUUUCAGAAGAAACUUGGAGUGGCUCGGAAAGGCUACCAACUGGUCUAAAUUCUCGGCUACGGCCGCUCUUGGUGUUAUCCACAAGGGUAACUUGUCACAAGGUCGUAAUAUCUUGAAGCCAUAUUUACCAGGCUCUAACGGCGCCUCCCACACCAAGGGUGGUUCUUUGUUUGCCUUGGGUUUGAUCUUUGCGGGUCAUGGCAGAGAGACUAUUGACUACUUGAAGCUGUUCAUUGACGACCACGGUAACGCUGCUGGCAGCCAUGACACUGAUGUGAUGUUGCAUGGUGCCUGUCUCGGAAGUGGUGUUGCUGGUAUGGCAACUAACAGCGAGAGUCUCUACGAAGCAUUGAAGGUUGUCUUGUACUCUGACUCUGCUGUUUCUGGACAAGCAGCUGGUCUCGCAAUGGGUUUGGUAAUGUUGGGUUCUGGCAAUGAGGAAGCUGUUAAUGACAUGUUCACCUAUGCUCAAGAGACUCAGCACGAGAACAUCAUCCGUGGAUUGGCCAUCGGUAUCGCUUUGCUCAACUACGGACAAGAGGACAAAGCUUUGCCAAUAAUAGAUAAGCUCCUCGACCAAGAGAGCCCAAUCUUGAGAUAUGGUGGUGCUUUCACCAUCGCCUUGGCCUACGCCGGUACUGGUAACAACGGAGCUAUCAAAAAGCUUUUGCAUUUUGCUGUCUCAGAUCCAUCUGAUGAUGUGAGAAGAGCCUCGGUGAUGAGUUUGGGAUUCUUACUUGUCCGUGACUACCACGCUGCUCCACAAAUUGUCGACUUGUUGUCGCAGUCUCACAAUCCACACGUUCGUUAUGGUACUGCCAUGGCCCUAGGAAUCUCCUGUGCCGGUAGAGCUUUGCCUGCUGCCAUUGAGGUCUUGGAGCCAUUGACCAAGGAUGCUGUUGAUUUUGUCAGACAAGGUGCUUUGCAAGCCUCUGCCAUGAUUUUGAUUCAGCAAAACGAGAAUCUCUACCCAAAGGUUAAGGAGUUUACCAGCCUAUACGCAGACACUGUGAAGAACAAACACGAAGACGCGUUGGCUAAGUUUGGUGCCGCCACUGCUCAGGGUAUUAUUGACGCAGGUGGUAGAAAUGUCACCAUUAAUCUUGAAAAUGCCAACACGAACACAUUGAAUGUUAAGGCCAUUGUUGGUCUUGCAGUGUUCGUGCAGUCGUGGUACUGGUUCCCAUUGGCACACUUCUUGUCCCUCUCCUUCGCCCCCACAGCCAUUAUUGGCAUAAAGGAGGACCUCAAAGCGCCUCAGUUUGAAUUGAACGUGCACAGCUCUCCUGAAUAUUUCCAAUAUCCACCAAAAAUAGAGGAGGCCAAGGAGAAGCAGCCGGACAAGGUUGCUAAGGCUGUGCUUUCUACUACUGCCAAGGCCAGAGCUAGAGCUAAGAAGCAGCAGGCUAAGAAGGAAGAGGAAGAUGGCAAGGCUGAUGACAUGGAUGUUGACGAAGACAAGAGUGUCAGGAAGGAAGACGCCAAGCCAGUCAAGACUGAAGAAAAGAAGGAUGAGAAGGCCGCUGACAAGAAGGAGGACAAGUCCGACGAAAAGGCCGAGAACAAAGAAGGCAAGAAGGAGGAUAAGGAUGAGAAGGAGGAAGACCAGCCCAUUGCCAACGAGCAGGUGGCAAUCCGCUACUCUAAGACGCCGUACAAAAUCAGCAAUUUGUCCCGUGUUUUGCCCGCCCAGGUUAACUAUGUGCUGUUUAUUAAGGAUGACCGCUUUGUGCCCAUUCGCCGUCACCGCGGUUUCGGCGGUAUCAUUGUCUUAAAUGACACAAAACCGAACGAAAAGGUGGAGAUCAUCAAAACUGUGAGACAGUUAAAUAUGACCGAAGCGCCUCUUCCAGAGCCAUUUACAUUGAGUGGCGAAGACCUAGAAGAAGAUUAG